AUGGGGACCCCUAAACUGGACGCAUCAGUGUUUAGAGACAUUGCGAAACAUGCUUCAACCGCGCACCUAAUGACGUAUAUACAUCCAAGCUAUUACCCUGAAUGCAUAGCUCCUCCUUCGAUUUCACCAAUGAAAGAUCCACUGACACUCAAAGAAAUAGAUGUUGACCCGUUUUCUGAACGUGAUGAGCGGGUUCCAGCUGUUUUGUCACAAAGCGAGGAAUCAUCGCCCGACUACAUACUGACUGAUGAGGGAUCCUCAAUAGGCAAUGACCCGUUUGCUCGACAAAUGCCAAGAUCGAAUAUUUCGGAUGAAGCUGCUUUCUUAUACUACGAGAAAAUAAAGUGUGUUACUUGUAAUGUACUACUCAUAAGGUUGCUGAAAAUCCACCGACAGCCCACGACCGGUUUCGCCCUUCUUGGGGCUAAUCAGCGAAUAUACACUCAUCUGCAAACUAAUUUGGUUCUUUUGAGAGACUCACCUGGAACCCAGCUGCAGCACAUUCAGUUGCCUGAGAACAUCAUAAACGAGAGAUUCAGCUGGGUUCCAGGUGAGUCUGAUGUUAUAAUCAGUGCGCAGCUUAGGAGCCAGCGAUGGUCACUACAUGGAGUCAUCCAACCGUUACAAAAAGAUUGGACCUUACCGUGGUGUGACGGUUUGCGCAACUCAGCGAUGCACACAGAGACCCUCAUACCAACCUGGUUUUGGGCUGGAACAUAUGGCAACUUGUUCCGUGGAAAUGGUAAUGUAUUUGCAUUUCCCAUCAAGCACCGCUGCCUAGCGGUUGGGCUUUUGAGCCAAAGCCUUUGGUUGAGGACCCUAAUCAUCCUCCUGUCUGAGUGUGAGCACCCUGACAGUAUACCAGCCCACGUACAACCAUGA